AUAACGCAUUUGAGUUCUGCGAUAAUGUAUGUAACAUAAUGCUAAUAAUGAUUCUAUACAUGUCAAAUAAACAUUGAUUGGAAAUCAAUAAAAAAUUUAAACAACAUUAAAAAUUAAUUAAUAAUUAUUUUACUCACAGAGGAGAUGAUUUCAAAGUAUUUGUUAUUAAUUGGCUUAGUUUCACAUAAUAUAGUUUAUUCGAUCAAUAUGUAUUUUGGAAGGCCAUAUAUUCCAUACAUUUAUCCAACUCCGAGAAAUAAUGUAUUACAGACCUUGCAAGACAACGUCAGCAGUUUUUAUAGGAAACCAGAUGUUCAAUGGAAUGCGCAAUAUCAAGGAAGUAAAUUAUUGCAAUUGCCGCAAGUAGUUAAUCGUAAUGAAGAGUAUAAAAUACAACAGAGAUCUUAUGUGGAUAGACAAGUUGAACCACAGAGUAAUCUAAUGAACCACCACCUUUGGAACAUUCAAGCACAACAAGCCCUUCUUCGACGUCAUCUCUCAGAAAAACAAAAAAAAUAUCGAGAAUAUUUAUUAAAGAAACAAGAAGAAACUAAAAAACACCUUAAACAACAACAAGAACAAGCGAAACUGAAAAAGGAAAAUAUGCUCAAGAAACUCGUUGCACAACGUUCAAAGUAUCUUCAACGGCUUUAUUAUGAGAAUUUACUACAUCGCGAGUAUGAUGAAAAUGAACUUCAAAUGCAUCGAAACAAUGCAGACGAAACGAAACAUAAUUAGAUAAAUUAAGUAUAAUGGACUAUAUAAUUAUGUGCUAUUUAAUGUACGAAUUUUUAGUUACAAUCAUAUUAUAAAUUAGAUAUAGAAAUGUAACAUAUAAUUUGAAGUGAUUUUACAUUUUACAUUAUUAUGGAAAUCGUUCUAACAAAAUUUAUAUUACAUAUUGACACUCUAAUUUACCGAAAAUAUUUAUAUACUGUUGUAAGUAUGAAAGUGUUUUAAUAUGGACCUUUUUUAUAUAAAACUAUCAUUACAUUUAACCACGUACAUAUUCAACGCCGAAUUAAACAUACAUAUUUGUAUUUUUUAGUUUUAAAUU